AUGGUGGUAGAUACAGAGUAUUACGAGCUUCUAGGCAUAGAAACUACGGCCACUGCAGUAGAAAUUAAGAAGGCAUACAGGAAGAAAUCGAUCGAAGAGCAUCCUGAUAAGAAUCCAAAUGAUCCAGGCGCUACCGAGAGGUUCCAAGCAAUUUCGGAAGCUUAUCAAGUAUUAAGCGAUAGCGAUUUACGUGCGAAUUAUGAUAAGUUUGGCAAGGAGAAGGCUAUUCCUAAGGGUGGUUUCGAAGACGCUGCUGAACAAUUUUCCGUAAUCUUUGGAGGGGAAGCUUUCGAACCUUACAUUGGAGAACUUACUCUGUUGAAGAAUUUGCAGCGACAGGAAGAAUUACAGGCCCAAGAUGAUGCCGAGAAGGAGAAGGAGAAGGAGAAAGAGGAAGUUGAGAAGAAGAACAGGGCUGUCAAAACUCAGACGGAUGAUGCAAUCAAAGAGGGAAUGGGUAGCUUAAAGAUUCAUGACGGAAGAGAACAUACGGAAGGACCAUCUAAGAAGACCAAAUUAGAAGAAUUUGAAGAGCAACUCAAGUUAGAAAAGGAGAAAAAUGCAGAAGUUCUUGCCGCAAAAUUGAUUGAAAGACUCUCUAUUCUUACUGAGAGUGUUUAUGACGAGGCGUGUAAAGAGUCAUUUGCCAAAAAAUUUGAGGAAGAAGCUAAUCUCCUGAAGAUGGAGUCGUUUGGGUUGGAUAUCUUGCACACUAUCGGUGACGUCUAUUGCGAAAGAGCUAGAAUUUUUCUCGCGUCCAACACAGUCUUUGGACUUGGUGGCAUGUUUCAUUCCAUGAAGGCUAAAGGUGGUGUAUUUAUGGAUACCCUGAGGACCGUGUCGGCGGCUAUCGAUGCACAAAGCACAAUGAAAGAGCUAGAGAAAAUGAAAGGAGCCAGUGAAUCAGAUUCUCCAAUUCUUGAUAAGGACGGAAAAGAGGUUACCAAGCCCACUCCUGAAGAAUUGGCAGUUCAAGAACAGCUGCUCAUGGGGAAAGUAUUAUCUGCUGCAUGGUACGGCUCAAAAUAUGAGAUCAUGUCUACGUUGAGAACUGUUUGUGAUAAUGUCAUUUUUGACAAGUCAAUUGAUAAAACCACGAGAUAUAAGAGGGGAGAGUCGCUACUACUAUUGGGUAAAGUAUUUCAAAAGGCAUAUAGAAAUAAGGCGGAACAAGAAGAAGCACAAGUCUUCGAACAACUCGUCGCUGAGGCAACUAAGAAAAAGCGCCAUACAUGA